AUGAAUAGACAAUAAAUGCUAUCAAAGUAUAAAGAAAUAUUGUUACACUAUAUGGAUAAAGUUAGAAAGAAUAUUCCAAAAUAGUAUCCUUCUUUCAAAGACUUUUUAAACAAAAUGAUUGGUAUUUAUGGAGUUAAGAAAUUAAGAUCUUGUCAAAUAUGAAAGCCUCCCUUAAUUGGGAAAACAUAUGGUGGUUUUCAGAUUGACUUUCAAUAUGAGAUAAACCAAACUAACAUAAUUAACUUUAUCUAUAUUAUUUGUAAUCAAUUAAUCAUUGAAUCAACUAGAAAUUAGUUUCAAAUGGCUUUAUUGAUGGAAGAAUAGAAGACACUUCAUAAGAAUUCUAUACCGAAGAAUUUUCAGAACUUUUUAAUGAUUCUAAUUAUUAUAAAGGUCAAAAAAAAGUAUAUACAUCAUAUUUAUAAUAGACAAUCAUAGAUGCAUUAAUUAAUUCUGUUACAUCAUGUCUUCUUGAUAAGGAUGAGAUAAUUAUUCAAGGUCUAAAAUUGUUAGUUACAUUUGUUCUGAAUCCAUAUUGUUAUGUUACAUCACAAAAUCUCACAAGAAUUAUUAAAACUAUUAUCUUUUCUUACACUCGUACAGGUUCUAGAACAUAAAUUGUUGAUAGAAAUGCUAAAAAUAUGCUCUAUUAAAUUAUAAAUUAUACAUUCUAAGCUGUAGAAGGAGAAGUAAUAAAAUUCAUUAUCAAUUUAUUAGGUUUUCACUAUAUAAAGAAACAAACGUAAAAUGUCUAUCAAAGAAGAUUCACUCUAAAAAUUAACUCAAUUAAUUAUGCUAUAAUUAGUUGAUAUGGUAUCUUUAAAUAAAAGAUCACUUAAUUUCUCUCCUUAAUCUAACAUUCUAAAUGAAAAAUAACAACCAUCAGGUUAUUUUGGUUAUUGUAUAAUGUGUAGAAAAUAAGCUAAUCUUUAUUGUAAAGAUUAUAGAGUCCCAAUUUGUUCAUUCAUAUGCAAAAAAUAACAUUAAGAAUAUGUUGAACAAGUUUAAAAUACUUACAAUGGAGCAUUAAAAUAAUAUGAAGAAAAUCUUGACUGUGCUUUACAAUUAUAUGAUAGCUUAUGCAAUCUAUUACUUAAUAAAACUACUUUAUAAUAAGCUAAAAACUAAUAAAUCAUUCUUGAAUGUCUAUUGUAUAUUCUUGAAACUCCUGAUUUUAUAUUAAGUUAAAAUGAAAAAUUCAUUAAAAUAACUAAAGAGAGAUUAUGCAAUUAAUUAUUAAAAUAUUGUUUAGAAACAGAAAAAACUUUAUAUCAAUUUAGUUUCAGAAUAUUUUAACGAUUAGUUUGUAUCAUGAGAAAAAGUAUUAAACAUGAAAUAUCAAUCUUUAUUAACCAAAUUUAUUUGAAUAUACUUUUAAGUGCUAAUUCAAAUGUCUUACAUAAACAAACUGCUCUUGAGAGUCUAUGUAGUAUUUUAGAAAGACCAAAAAUUGGUUUGGAAUUUUAUAUAAAUUAUGAUUGUCAUACAAAACAUGAAUGUUUAAUGUCUAAAAUUAUUCAUACUUUCUAUGAAAUUAUUGUAAUUUCUAUUUAUUAAAAAGCAGAAUAUUAAAUUUAAACAUAAUCAGAAACUCUUUUAAAAAAUUUGGCUAUCAAAGCUAUGUCUUAUAUAAUUGAAGGUUUAAAUAAGGUAUUUGAUUAAUUUAUCAUUUCACCUUCUGAAGAGAUUGGAUCACCAUAAAUGGAUGAUUAAAAUACAAAUGUUAAUGAUAAUACAACUGUAAUGUAUAUAAAUCCUAUUGAAAUACAAAGAUAAUUGAAAUAAGAAAUUAUGAAAGGAUGUUAAAUAUUUUAAAAAAAUCCUGAUAAAGGAAUCAAAUAUUUAUUAGAUGCUCAAAUUAUUUAAAAUGAGUAAAUUUUGUUCAUUAAUUUAGUGCUAAAGAAAUUGCUAAGUUUUUCAGAGAAAAUUAGUAAUAAAUUAGUAAAAAUGCAAUUGGAGCAUUUUUAGGAGGACAUCAACAAUUAAAUAUUAAAGUUUUAAGUGAAUUUACUGAUAUUUUGAAAUUCAAAGAUUUAACUGUUGAAUAGGCAUUAAGAUAUUAUUUAGAUUAAUUUACAUUACCAGGAGAAGCAAUGCAAGUGGAUAGAGUAGUCUAAAAAUUCUCAGAUAGGUAUUACAAAGAAAAUCCAAAUUCAGCUUUUAAAUCUAGUGGAAGUAUAUAUACAUAUUGUUAUCUAUUGGUUAUGUUAUAGACAGACUUACAUAAUCCUUCAGUUGCAGAAAAAAUGAAAUUAAGUGAUUUUCAAAAGUUAGCUAAAUCUAUCAAUGAUGGUGAUGAUUUACCAUAAGAAUAUUUAAUUCAAACUUAUAAUUCUAUACUUAAAUAACCAUUAGCAGUACGAGAAAAAGAGAAAAAUCGUGUAUUUAUAAAAGAAUCUCUUACAUAAAAUAUAAGAAAGAAAUAGGAUUUAUUUUAAAGAGAAAAGGAAGCUUUAUUAAAAGAAGGAAGUGAGUUAAUUAAAACAAAAUAAGAUUCACAUGAAACUAUUUAUCAGAUUAUUAAUUAAGAUAUGGCUUAUUUAAUAAAACCAUUUUUAGAAUGUAUAGGAAAGUUUACAUUUGAAAUGUUUUUAUUUGUUUUUAAUAAUGAUUAGAUGGUAUAAGCUUCAAAUCAAUGUAUUUAGGGAUUAGUAUUAUUUAUUAAAUUAUGUUCUUUUUUUUCAAUUCCAUUAUAAGAUUACAUGAAUCCAUUAUUAAAGGCUACAAGACUUAAUCAAUUAAAUUAGAUAUCAAAUAAACAUAUCAAUUUAAUAAAAUAAAUUUUGCAAACUGUUCCUUUAAUUGGAAAUGGAUUAAGAGAGAAUGGAUGGAAAAGUAUUUUAACAAUGAUAAGUAGACUUGAUGAAAUGAGAAUGAUAUAAUAAUCUAAGGAUAAUUUUGAUGGAUUAAAUAUCAAUAUAUUACCUGAGUUAUUAUUGGAAUCAGAUCUAAUAGAUAAAAUAUUUGUGUAAUCAAAAUAAUUAGAUGAUGAAGCUAUAUAAGAAUUUAUCAAUGCUCUAUGUUAUAUGUCAAAACAAGAAAUUUAUCAAACUCAUCCACGCUUAUUUUGUCUUUAAAAAUUAGUUGAAGUAUGUGAUUACAAUAUGAAAAGGGUAAGUUUUGUAUGGACAAAGAUGUGGAAUAUAGUUAAAGAUCAUAUUAAUGAAGUAGCUGUAAAAGAAAAGAAAGUUGCAAUAUUUACUGUAGACUCACUUAAAUAAUUAAGCAUUAAAUUUCUUUAAAAGGAUGAGUUAUAUGACUUUUAAUUUUAAAGAGAUGUAUUAAAACCUUUCGAAACUAUAUUUUUAUAGUCUAAUUUAGAAGUCAAGGAAUUCAUACUCUCGUGUAUCAAUCAUAUAGUCUUAAAUCAUAAAAAUAAUAUUAGAUCUGGAUGGAGAAUGGUUUUUGGUUUAAUCACAUUGGGUUUAAAAGAGGAAAAUGAUAAAAUUUGUAAAAUUGCAUUUUAAAUUCUAUCAUAAAUUAUGGAACAUAAUCUUGAUUUAUUAUAAGAUGUUUUUAUUGAUCUUAUUCAGACUUUAAAGAUUUUAGCAGGCAAUAAUUAAGAAGAUAUGGCAUUGGCAUCUAUUGAUUUUACUAUGUUAUGUUUAGGUUAUUUAUCAAAGUAAGCAUAAAUAAUACCUAAAUUAAACUGGAAUGAAUUUGAAGAAUAAGAGGUUACUGUUAGAAAUGCAUCAACAGCAAUUUAACUUGAAAAGAUAUGGAUUCCUUUACUUGGAGUAUUAUCAUAAUUAGCAGGAGAUAAGAGAAACAAUAUAUAAGCAAAAUCAAUGGAAACCUUAUUUGAAUCAUUGUAAUAAUUUGGAUAUGCUUUCAGUACAGAAUUUUGGAAAAUGGUCUUUAGUACUGUACUUAGACCAAUUUUUGAUGAAAUUCAAUUUACAUUUUAAUAAAAUUAUACAAUGGCUAAUUCUAAUAAUGAUUGGUUUAAGAAUUCAUGUAAAAAGGGAUUUUCUUUUAUUAUUAAUUUGAUGAAACGAUACUUUUAGAAAUUAAGAGGGUUAUUACCUGAAUUUUUAAAAUUAUUUGAAAAUUGUAUACAAAAUUAAAAUGUUAAAUUAGCAAAAUAUAGUAUUCAUUCUGUAAAAAAUAUGACAAUUAAAAUUGGAAUGAUGUUUAUUGAAGAAGAAUGGGAAUAAAUUAUUUAAUUUAUUGAUAGAAUGAUUAGAUUAACUACACCUACAAAAUUAUCAAGUUUUGCCAAUUAAUCUUUAACUUCAAGUAGAAUGAGAAAUAUGAUAGAAGAUUGUUUUACUUAAUGUACUUCUUAAUUAUUAAUGAUCUAAAUAAGUAUAGAAAUAUUAUAACAUUUCAAUCAAAAAUUAAAUUUGAAAUAAUUAUUAACUAUUGAAAAUACAUUUCUAUACUCAUAUUAAUUUGCUUUUUAAUUUAAUUAAUAGAUUGAAUAAAGAUAUUUAAUAUGGAAGUAAGGAGUCUUACAAGAUAUGAAGUUCUUACCUGGUUUACUCAAAUAGGAAAGAGAAGCAUAUGGUUGUAUGAUCAUUAUUUAAAAAUACAAAUUAAAGAAUCAUAAUAUAUUUGAUAUUGAUUCUUUGAUUAUUCCAAUAGAUAUAUUUAUUAAAAAGUAUGAAAUGAUAAAAUAAAAUACAUUAUUAGAUGAAUAAGAUUAAUAAAUGUAAAAAUUAAGAAUUUAAGAAAUAGAAAGAGAAACUUAAAAUUAUAAAUAAUUAUUGGAUAUUUAUAUUUUACCUGCACUUUGUGAAUUAGAUGAUGAACAUGUAUAUUAAUUAGAAUAUUAAUUUUAGUUAAAAUAAAACAAUUAGUAAUUAUUUUAAAUUUUAUUAAAAACAAUGAAUUAUUCAAAUGACUUUAUUAUAUGUAAAGAAUGUAUUAGAUGUUAGAAAUGUAUGCAAUAAGAAUAGAACAAUUUAGAUCAAUAAAUUCUUUAAUUAGUUUAAAAAUUAUAUCAUUUGAAAUAAGUAAAUCUUUAGAAUAAAUGA